AUGGCGGACAAUGGCAGCGACAUGGACCAGGAAGCGAUGCAAGCAAAGGUGCUUCUGGAGGAGAAGAAGAACAGCGUCUUCCUAUACGAUAUCAUGUACAGCCGUGCACUGGAAUGGCCAACACUCACUACCCAAUGGCUGCCAGACGUGAAGGAAGUGCCUGGCAAACCAAUGCGGACCCACCGACUCAUCCUCGGUACACACACAUCUGAUACUCCUGGCCACAAUGACUAUUUACAAAUCGGUCACUUCGAGCUGCCAAACCCACCGCCUGCCAACAUCGCCGACUACAACGCGCAAACAGAGGAACUGGGUGGCCACGGAGCAAGUAAGGAGCAGAUCAAAUUUACGAUCGUCCAGAAAAUUCAACAUCCAGGAGAAGUCAACAAAGCCCGCUACCAACCUCAGAACCCUGAGAUCAUUGCCACCUGGGCCAAGGACGGUAAUGUGUAUGUGUGGGAUCGAACAAAGCACUCUGCUGUGCCAUCCGGAGGCAUCAAACCACAGGCAACGCUCGCCGGACACACUAAGGAGGGGUUCGCGUUAGAGUGGAACCCGCAUGUGGCGGGACAGCUUCUCUCGGGGAGCAACGACGGGACUGUCAAUCUAUGGGACCUCAAGAAUGACUUCACGCUCGACACCAAGACCAUCAAGCCGAAGACAACUUACACUCAUCAUUCUGCCACUGUCAAUGAUAUACAAUACCAUCCUACUUUCGCAGAGAAUCUCUUUGGCUCUGUCUCCGACGAUAUGACAUUCAAGCUUAUGGAUAUGCGCUGCAAAGACACCGCACGACCAGCAAUUGAUUUCGUGAAUGCGCAUACCGAUGCGAUCAAUAGUCUUGCCUUCCACCCAACGCUUGACAAACUUUUCGCUACCGGCUCUGCUGAUCAAACGAUUGGCGUCUUCGAUCUCCGCUUCGCCGACCACGGCAAGAUUCACUCCCUCGAAGGCCACAAGGACGUCAUCACCAAGAUCGAUUGGCAUCCAACCGACCCAGCGAUACUCGCUUCGUCAUCAGACGACCGCCGUAUCAUCUUCUGGGAUCUCUCACGAGCAGGCAUGGAGCAGACGCCGGAAGAUGCAGAGGAUGGGCCGCCGGAGAUGCUGUUCAUGCAUGGAGGUCACACUAAUCGUGUGAGUGACUUCAGCUGGAACAAGAACGACCCAUGGGUCAUGUGUUCGGCCGCAGAGGACAACUUGAUCGAGGUCUGGAGGGCGAGUCGACAUUUGGUGGAGAAGCUACCGCCGGGUGUGCAUAGAAGGGAGGUCAGCGAGUCGUAA